AUGGCCGAGUCCUGGUCCGCCAACUCCAACAACGCCACGGUGCUCAAACUGGUCGGCGCCCCCGAGCCGUCCAACAGCGCCUUCCACCCAGAAUUCACCUAUCCCAUCUUUGGCGAGGCAGAGACCAUCUACGGCUACCAGGGCCUCGCCAUCAACCUCCACUUUGCCAGCGGCUCCCUGCAGCCCAUCCUCAAGGUCGACUACUCGGCCAAAAACGAGAGCACCACAGCCAAGAUCGACGAUGUCGAUGCCACCCUCAGGGAGUUCCUGCCGGCCGACUGCCUGGGCAGGGAGCAGCAGUCCAUCUUCGACGAGACGGUCGCCAAGGAAGCCUCCAACUUCCGGCCGCUAGGCGAAAAAGUCUCCUCGUACACCAGGCGCAGGAGCGGCAGCAAGGGCAAGGGCAAGGCCAGGAACGGCGCCGGGCCAUCGAGCGGCGCCUCGCUGUCGGAGGACGACCCAGAGGCCAGGGUGUUUGAGGUCUACCGGUCCACCUGGGACACCGAGGGCUUCCGCGAGUACCACCGCAGGAUGCAGAUCUUUGCCCUCUUCUUCAUCGAGGGCGCAUCCUACAUCCAGGAGGACGAGACCAAUUGGGAGUUUUUCUGCCUCUACGAAAGGGUCAGGCCGCAGGCGCACGACGAGCCGCCAAGCUGGCACUUUGUCGGCUACACGAGCCUCUACCGCUUCUGGUGCUGGCCGGACGCGGCCCGGAUGCGCCUCAGCCAGUUUGUCAUCCUGCCGCCCUACCAGAAGGCCGGCCACGGCGGCGCCCUCUACACGACCGUCCACGGCGAGAUGCUCAAGCGGAGCGAGGUGACCGAGAUGACGGUCGAGGACCCGUCCGAGGCGUUUGACCGCCUGCGCGACGGCUCCGACCUGCGCAGGCUGCUGGCGCCGGGCGGCUUCGUCGAGCACGCCAAGGCCGAGCAGAGGCUCCGGGCGCCCAUCGACCGCAACUGGAGCGAGGAGCAGAGGCUGCGCAACAAGAUUGCGCCGCGGCAGUGGAACCGGCUGGUCGAGAUGCUGCAGCUGCUCCACCUCGAUCCCGAGGACGCCGAGCAGGUGCGCGCCUACCGCCUCCAGGUCAAGGCGCGGCUGUUCCGCUUCAACAAGGACAUCCUCACCCAGCUGCCCAAGCACGAGAGGCUCGUCAAGCUGCAGGAGACGUACGAGAGCGUGAUCGACGAGUACGGCGAGCUGGUCGGCGUCGACGUCGAGCUCAUCCUGGCCGUGGGCGAGGCCCAGGGCGAGAUCGGCCGCCACGCCGGGGCAGAGGAAGGCCCGCCGCGCAAGAUGGCGAGGUUCGUCUGA